AUGGAUGAAACGUACCGAGAGGUCAGGUUUGACUGCGUCAAUAGAGAUCUGUUGCAUAACGUAGACUUGCUCAAACUCAACAGAUGGCUUCGGGAUGAAGAUAUUAUCGUUCACUUCACGGGUUAUCCGUCGGCUAAAGCCAACACAUUCAGCGUCUCUUGGCAUUGCUUGAGCGAGACUGGCACCGACAUUAGGUGGUCUUUCUUCGCCCCCAACUUGCAACAUCUUCGCUUAUCCAUUCCGCCGACCCACUUGUCUUGCAUUCCAUACUCCGUCGACUUCCCGAAAUUGAAGACCUUUUACAUCAAGUUCUUGAUAGAGCAUAACGAUGAACUAAAAGUGGAUGCCUUGCAGAUGCUAGCUUCGUUCAUAGACCAACAACGUCCUCGCCUGCAGAAGCUCGCCAUCCGGGCCUCGCGGACAACAGAUGUCUCGGCAUUGUUCCUUUCUUUGGGAAAGUUUGAACACCUCAUAUCACUUGACCUCGACGACACAUGCGCUCGUUACCCAAGAGGAGGGGCGGGGGUUGACCCCUCCGUUCAAUUCAUGAACGAGAAUGCUAGCACACUCCGUGAUCUAUCACUAGCCUCAAAGCUCACAGGUUCAUGGCUCAACUUCAAAUAUCUCCAUCUCCGGAACCUCACAUCCCUCCUUCUCAACUCUAACUUACUCCUCCCAUCGAAAGAGUUCUGGGAUGACCAGCUGUCCGUGUUCCUAAGAAAUGUGGCCCAUUGCCUGAAAUCCUUGGUAGUCCUUGGUCCUUUGAGCCAAGAGGAGCUCGCAUGGUUGUUCUCCAUCCUAGACACCAGCGAUUCAGAAGGCGGGCUACGAACCUUGGCAAUAGGAACUGCCAGUCUGACCAGGGGACUUAUAGUCCAAAUCUUGGAGAAGCUUCCCCGUCUUGAUAGCCUUACACUGCGUAUUCAUGACAUUAGCGAGACAGGAACAUAUCCCGUCACUCCCGAUGAGGAUUUCCCGAUCUCUAAAUCAAGCGAGGAGCACCCGUUCGCGGCUCGCCUGCGUGAGACUUCCUUUGAUGGAUGGAAGCUGCGCGAUAUCACGGUUAUGCGCAAGUCUUGCUGCGGCCAACUCUUCUUGUGGGGCUUGAUGAAGCUUUUCGCGGAAUGUAUACCAACUGUGACGAGUCUCGCUGGAAAUGGACAUAUGGCGAUACCUGACCCACCAAACCAAAAACGAGCGGGAGGCACAACCGGUUGUACUGACAUGGUUUUACAAAUAGAUUGGUUGAAAACACUGACUCUUCGCAUCUUUUACAUGGUAGCAGCCACGAGACAAGUCAAGUUGCGAUAUCGCCAGGCCCUUUAUCAUCUCGCAAUGGAUGAAAAAUAUCGAGAGGUCAAAUUCAAUUGUGUUGAUUCCGAUCUAUUGCACAAGGUAAACUCGCUCGGAUCUCCAGACAUUGCCCGACGCGUUCGAUCGUUCCACAUUUCUUCUCACUUGCAUGAUGCCGAUGACUCUUACUCGUUCACUUGGCGCACUGCGGUACUGGAGGACAUUGUGCAGUCCAUCAUGAACGUCAUGCCAAACUUGAUCAGGGUGCAUACGUACGGCGUCUGUUGGCAAGGUCGAGGGAGCGAUAUUAAUCCCCCCAUCGUUGAUGCCGGGUGGACCCACUUUGCACCCAACUUGCAACAUCUUGGCUUAUCCAUUCCCGCAUCCCGUCUGCCCAGUGCCAUUCCACAUUCAUUCCAGUUCCCAAAUUUGGAAACGCUAUAUAUCAAAAUCUUGGUGGAUGGUAACCACGUACCGACGGCAGAUUCCUUGCAAGCGCUAGCUUCGUUCAUAAACCAGCUGCACCCUCGCCUCCAGAAGCUCGUCAUCCGGUCCUCGAAGAUGUUGGACGUUUCCGCGUUACUGCUUUCUCUGGCAAAGUUUGAACACCUCACAUUGCUCGAACUUGACAACACCGCCGCUCCACUCCGAGUAUCAUUAGAUAUCGAUCCCUCGAUUCAAUUUAUGAACAAGAAUACUGCCACCAUUCGUGAUCUAACACUCGCCUCACCACUCACAAGUUCACUAAACUUUCAAUAUCUCUGUCUUCGAAACCUCACAUCUCUUCUCCUCGACGCUUCAUUUCUCUCUUCAUUUCAUUUCAUGUCUUUGGCUGUGUUCUUCAAAAACGUGAGCCAUACUCUGAAAUCCUUGACAAUCCUUGGUUCCUUGGAUCAAGCCCAGUUCGGAUGGUUGUUGUCCACCAUAGAGGCUACCGAUCUAGGACCUGCAAAUGGCCUAAGGGCAUUGUCGAUAGGGAUCGCCAGACUGACGAGGGACAUUGUAGUCUCAAUCUCAAACAACCUUCCGCAUCUUGAUAGUCUUACCCUACGGAUUCACCACGUUGACGACCCGAGCACAUACCCUCUCAUUCCAGGAGACGGGUUCCCGGAACCAACCGAGGAACAUCCGUUCGUAGUUCGGCUGCGUGAAGUUUCGUUUGACCAAUGGAAGCUCCGCGAUAUCACCAUCAAGCGCAGCUCCUGCUGCGGCGUGCUCUUUUUGUGGGGCUUAAUGAAGCUGUUCGCGGAGUGCAUUCCAGGCGUGAAGAGUUUUUCCGGAAAUGGAGAUAUGACGAUACCUAACCCACCGAACUUUCAAAGACCAACAAAGGCCAUCAGCACUUGUCGUGACAUCAUUUGUUCUUAUGGGAAUGCUGGCAUGGUGACUUCUAGGGAAUUUCCUCUGAGAAAUAGCUUGUUGUACAGACCAUAACUUGUGUUAGGUUGCUUACAAUCUAACAGAGAAAUAUUGCCGUCGAAA